AUGUCGAAAACAGUAACGGAAGUACUUGCAAUGCCAGCUGAGGAGCCGAACGCCGCCGCAGCAGCUGGAGACUCCCCGUUGCUGAACCUCCCCUACGAGAUCCGGCUCCAGAUAUACGGCUGGGUCCACGCAAUGCACCCUAUCCAGCACGCGCAGCUGGCCCCAUGGUACCCGACUCCAACAUACAGUUCGUACUUCCUAAAGCUUGUCAGGCCGGACGCAGCUGAGGAUUCUGGAGUAAAGCGACCUACCGCCGCCGCUGCUGGCGCGAACGACGUCGAUGACGAUCCCCGGAAGAAGGAAACCCGAAAGGCCGCCACCGCCGACGAAGAGGACAAGGCAUUGCUGUCCCCCAACCGACCGCUCUGCGGCCUACCGUCCGCGCUCCUUCGCACCUGUCGCCAGAUCUACGAGGAAACGCGCACGCUUCCGUUCCGCAGCAACGAGUUUGUGUUCGUCAACUGGUUCUCCUCGGGUCUCUGGGCGGCGCGGGCCUUCACUCGGGGCCUGCAAAGGUGGCAGCGGGACGAGAUGCGGUACACGCGGCUCGAGAUGCUGGGGCGGGACUUCACGGGCCCGGCGCUCAAGGAGUGGGUGGAGCUAUGCGGGUGCUGGGCGGGCGGGCUCCGGGGCCUGCGGCUCAAGAUUCUGAUCGGAGGUGGGAUAUUCGAGCCCACCGCUUCGUUUGCCUCGCUGAACAACAAUGCAGAGGCGCAAGCCAUGGACAUUUCCAAAUUUCCAGAGCCACGGCCCGAGUGGAUCGAGGAGGGCCUCAGGAGAAUGGGAAAGCUGAGGGAGCUGGAGGUCGAGCUCUGCGUGCUUGACUGGGACGACGGGCAGAAGAUUACGUGGUGCGAGUCUUUGGAGACGAUUCUCAACGAGGGGCGGGAGGGCGGCGAGAUUCCUUCUCACAAGGAAUUUUUGACAAGGAAUUAUCUCUCCGGUUACACUAAGAACAAGGAAAAUCUACCUCGCUCACGAAAAGUCAAGAUGGUUGGUCACGUUACCAGAGGUCUCACCUUCGCUCAGCACUGUUACGAGUGCCUCGAGAUGGACUACACCUACGCCUGGCCCCUUCCAGUCCGGCUUUUCGCUGUCUUCUUUAUUACAGCCUUGUUCGCCAGCAUGCACCCCGAUGUCAACGCCUUCACUAAGCGUGUUGUCUGGAUGGGCGUCCACCCCUUUGCCCUUCUCGUUGGCUACAUCACCGCCGCCAUUGUCCGCGGUCUCCUCUUCAUCUUCAUUGACGGCCCUGAGAUGCUUGUCAACCUCAUCACUCGUCACCGUAACCGUGACCUCGACGUCCUUGACAACCUUGACGUUGAGAACAACACCAAGCUCAAUGCCAUCAUGGGCCGUCUCCACGCCACUGCCCCCGAGGAGUGGACCCCUGGUGGCCGCGUCUUUGACAAGAAGUACAAGCCCUUCUUGCCCGCUGAGAAGAUGAACUUUGCCGGUCCCCGCCAGAAGAACGCCAUGACCCGCAAGCGCAACCUCUCUGUCUGA